AUGAACGCACCGGUGGUCCUCCGCGGCAAGGAAAACUACAAAAAGUGGGACACAUCUAUCCGUCAACACCUUUCUGACAAGGGCCUGCUGGUUAUAAUCAUCUGCGACGAAUUGGACCCUGCUACGGGCGGUCCUGCGCUGGUACAAAGUCUCAAGGUCUGUAGUGAAGCUUACAACUUCAUUCUCAACUCGAUUGACGAUACCAUUCUUCUUGCUCUGAGCGCCCACGGGCUCAUUCACGAACGUGGUUAUCCCUGGCGCCUCUUUCAAGCAGCCAGUAGCCUUUUCAGAAGGGACCACAGGUUCAUCGCUAGCACCAUCACUAAACUUACCCAAGCCAAGUUCAGUGACUUUACCAGCAUGGAGGUCUUCCUGUCUUACUUCCACCUGGGUAGGAUCUGCCUUGAAGAGGACAGCACUUCGCAAACUGUCUCCCUGCUCUUGCUCAACGCUAUCGAAGAUCGACACGGUGAAGUCUACCGCACCCACAAAUAUCGGCAGACGUUGAUCUGGGACGAUCUCGUUGCGGAUCUACGAGCAGUCGACCGCCAAGAGAAGCAAGAUUCCAAGCUUUCUGGUUAG